AUGCGAUACGACAGUCCUGAUUCGCGAGAAAGCAAGCUGCACCUUUUCUGGUCAAUCUAUAUCCUCGAUAAAGCCUUGUCUUUACGCCUUGGCCGGACAUCAGCAAUGCCCGACCACGACAUAUCCUUGCCUCAUAAACCAAGUACAGGUCACGUUCCUGAUCCAUGGAUAAGCAUCUUCUUGAGGUGGAUUGAUGUUGCAAAGAUCCAAGGCGAGGUUUAUGAUCGCCUCUUCAGCCCUGCUGCCCUAUCUGAACCCGCGAGGGAACGAGCAUCACAUGCUGGUCGGCUGGCAUCUAAAAUGCAGCAGAUUAUCGCUGAAUCAUCCAAGGCAUGCUUCCUCACCGGGUUCGAAUUUGAUGAAAAGUCACCUUUCCUUUACAUCAUUCGGAAGUCUGAUGAAGUCAAUAACCUCGCUAUCUUGACCCUAAUAUACCGAGCAACGCCUACUUCGGAAACUUGGCCCUUCGCAUUUGUCGCGGAGUGCGUGGAUUCUGCUCGAGCGGCUAUGGACUCACAUCAUGAGUGCAUGGCCCGAUUGAAGCUAGUCAGCGACACACUUAAGUGUUCCUAUGCUCAUUGGACAGUUCUUCAGACCCCAUUUGUCCCUUUUAUCGUCAUAUUUUGCCACGUCAUUGACGCGUCCGACUUUGGCGAUCUUCGGAGGUUAGAGGAUUUCGUCCGGUCAAUAGAAUGCCUGUGUCCUUUGUCCCAGGCUGUUGCCAAACUGCACUAUCUGUGCCAGACUCUUGUACUUCUCGCCCAGCUAUAUAUCAAAGCAAAGGUGCAGGGCCAAGAAGACCAAACACUCCCCUUCGCCGGCCAGGAAGUUGGCAGAUAUCUGGCUUCCAUUGGAUUAGCACCACACUCACCCUACAAGGACUGCAAUUCGCAACAGCAAAUGGUAGAUGCAGAAACGUCAACGAUGGGACUUCCACGGGAAGGCUCCGACUACGAUGACUCCGGAGCAAUGUCUGAGAGAAUGCAAUUGGAUACAUGGUUCUCUGGAAAUCUCUCCCUGAUGGCGUUACUGGAGGACGAUUUAGUGCAGCUUGAUCCUGAGAUACGGACAUCAUGGUAA